GGAAACUGUCACGAGUCAGCUUUUUGAUUUCGGUUUUUGUUCCUGACAGCUGUCUCCAGAGUAUAAAAUCGAGGCCAAAUAAAAGUUGUUCUUAAAAAUGGUUUCUUAAAAAAGACAAUGGUAGAUGAUGAUCAAGCACUAAGCAAGCUUGUACAAAAGCUCGUCAAAGCACCGAUCGGCUCGUCAAAAUGGAGGAAUGCGUACGACAAAGCUAAAAACAUCAUUCGGUUUGAGAAAGUUACGAGCAUCAGUCAAAGUGAAGUGAAUAGUCGAUUCAAUGGAUUAGUGGAGAAAUUCAGUAUCAUAGGGAACCAACGGUUGUCAGAAAGUUUAGAAGAAUACAAGGCUGAACUUUUCAAGACGUCCAGAUCUUUGACUACAGAUGAAGAACACAAUACGAGUUUGAAAUAUGAUAUCCUACAUCUGUUGUUGGCGUUAUCAUCAUCUGAAAACCAAGACGAUACAACUAUACCAAAACUGAAUGAGGUGGAAUCGGAAACAUACAGUAAAGAUUUAACAUGGGAAGAUAUUAUUCAGGACGAUCCAUUGGAGGGUGAUCACUGGAAAACCAGCCUUGAGAUUUCGUCAAAUGAUGGAUAUAUUACUGAAGAGGAGAUCGAGUAUGAAUAUGAUUAUGAAAGUAAACCAGACCAAUGCUCAAUUCAACAGAUAGCAGAUGAUAUACAAUUGGCAUACCCGAUUGAUAUGGAUAUUGACGAAAGAGCGGAUCAAGAAGGAUUGAACAUGCUGGUUUCCCAACAAUAUUGGAGGCAUGAUUAUCAUUUAGAAGAAGAUAGCUUUACGGAACCUAAACUGCUGCGAAACCCUUGUCAAACUUACAAAGCAGCAGAAUGGUUUCGAUAUGGUAAUACCGAUGACAGGGAAAAUCGAAAAUUGGUGACAGAAGCAAGCAUUCUGAGAGAAGUCCUAUCUUUAUUCAAAGGCUACGAAAGUGUUAUAUUUAUUAAGCGAAACGAUAAGCUGGUGUGCAAUGAAGAAUUUGCAACACAGCAUAUCAGUCAAGGUGCAUUGAAAAAUCUGUUGAAAAAGUUCUGCUCGGCAGGCAACAUGUUACAAAAGCUAAGACAGCAUAGCAUGGAGAAUAUACAUAUUACUAGUUUCGGCAAAACUAACCAAGCAUUUGCGAGAACAGUCUACAAUUUACUCAAUGAUUUUGACAGAACCAUCUCAAAAUUAGAAGGAAGCACCAGCUUUAUUACUGAUGAUGCAUCAAAAGCAAUAUCCUUACUCAAGCUUCAAUAUGAAUUAGAACCACAUCUUCAAUACUUUAAAGACCUUUAUGAUAUUAUUGAAGGCGCCCCUUACGAAAAUGAUGAUUGCUGCGCUUUAUCUGUGUAUCUUAUUUGUACAUUGUAUGAGCAAGCAUUGACCUGUCAGUCUUUUCAGCAGCUGAAGACAUUCAACGUCAUAGUAGACGUGAUGAAAGAAACAAUUGCUGCAUAUAGUAGACUGAUGGAUGAAUGGAUAUUCAAUGGAACACUCGCAGAAGAUGCGGUUGGAGAAUUCUUCGUAUCCAGAAAUGCGGCUGUCCACAUGGACAGCCCCGACUUCUGGUCAAAAGGGUAUACGUUGAAAACGCUUCCUCAGAAUUUUUCUACGCAUUUUAAAAACCCUCUGUUCAGUGAGAUAUUUCUGAACCAAGUGUUUUUCACUGGUAAAGCUGUCAGUUUGCUUUUGAAGUUACACAAAAUGGUGCCCGAUAAAGUACAACCAACAUACAGGCCCUUUAGUGAAAUAAUGUCCAAGGUUGUGGGAAACGGAAAACAAACAUCAACCAGUCCUUUAGUACGCCAUCAACAAACGUCGGAAAAUCGUGACAUAUUCACUUUGUCUUUAUUCCCGUUGGCUGAUACUUCCCCAAUCAAAACAUAUGACACUAAGUUAUCUAACAGAGAAGAGACAGCGAGUGAUUGUAGAGGGAGAAUGAUUGAACAAGAAUUAUCCAGAUGUGUAAAAAUGUACAUAGAGAGCCCAUAUAUGACUGCAGCCAACAUGCUCAACGAAACGCUUCAUAAGAAAGGUGGCCUUCAAAAUCAAAUGAAGCUUUUUGCUUCUAUUUAUUUCAUGCUGGAAAACAAUUUGAUGCACUCUUUCUGCCAAACACUAUUUGAACAGAUGGAUAAUAAUAAUGAAGUAUGGUUUGAUCAGCGAAUAUUGAACCGAACAUUUCGAGAGACCUGCGAUCUGAAUGGAUAUCAAGAAACAGCAUUUCUUGAAUUAAAUCUUGGAGAAAGUAGCGAUGAUACCCUCAACAACCGAAAUGGCUACAAAUCAAUGGCAUCUAAGCUUGAACUCAUUACGUUUCAUGUGGAGAUACCAUGGCCAUUAAAUAAUUUUAUACAUGCAGAUUGCUUACUCGACUAUUCGAAGGUACAGAGAUUUUUACUUAGGUUGAAACGCGCUAAAUACGUACUGGAAAAAAAGACAUUGUUCCGUGAUAUGAAGAUCAAAAGUGACAAACAAGCUAUGUACUUUUAUUCCUUACGUAUGAAAAUGAUUUGGCUUAUUAAUUCCUUCUGGCGAUAUAUUAUGACCACUAUACUUCAUGCGGAAACUAUCGAGUACCGCAAUCGAUUAUCCGUUUUAAAGGAUGCCGACGAAAUUACUGCAUUGCACGACGCUUAUGUACGUCGUAUCGUUGAUAGAUGUUUGUUGAAUGAUAAAGCGACUGCUAUUAGAAAGUCACUUGUCAGUAUAUUUGAUUUAGCUGAACAGAUGGCGAUACUGUUCAAGGACUAUUUAGAACACACAGAUCCGAAGACACAAAUUGACCCGAAUCGCAUUAAACAAUUUGACUCAACAAUAAAGAAUAUUGAAAAAAGCUUUAAUCGUAGCAAUGAUUUCAUAGCGACCAGCCUUACAAUUAUGGGAAGAAAGGCCAACAUGCCUUGGUUCGAAGCUUUAGGUCUAUCGCUAUCAUGUCAAGUUGAUAAGCCUCUUCAAUAAAGAAGAAGCACGAUACCCAGUCUAUUAGAAUAAUAAUUUAGUAUUUAUGCGAUAGAAACUUAUUUAUUAUACAAUUAUGCAUUGGUAUAUAAGGUAUAUAAGGUAGAUGAUAGUAAGCAAAUCAAAAAUUUGACAAGAAUAAAAAUGAAACUAAGUAAAGCAUCCUUCCUCCCAGUUGGUGUUAAAGGGUAAACGGUGGUUUAUGUUUUAUGGUAUCUGUUCAACAGAUGGUUUCUCAGUCAAUGAAUCGUU